CCGUCACCUCUUUCUCUCUCAUCCCUACUAUAAAUACGCCCAUGCAAAUUGAAAACCAAAGGUCCCUCCCCACAUUCCAUGCCGUAUCCUCUCUCUCUUCACCACAAAUACGCCGCUUGUUCCGCUACCCAAAAUCCCGGCCUCCGGAAAAUCAAUCCUAGCUGACGGGAAACUGCCCAUCUUCUCAUAACGCGCCAUGUCCGACCAAAUCAGCCCCACUUUCUCCACGGAAAACCACUCGAGCGAAACCCUGACCGACGACUCCUUCCCCAGAGACAACCGGAAAACCGCUUUCCCCCUCAAACUCUUUGGCUUCCAGGUCACUGAAUCCGACGAAGAGUCGUCGGCUAACUUCAGGCAAGCGGUCCCAGUCAAUGAAACGGCGGUUUCCGUCAGGGAAAUGGCGGUUUCCGUCAGAGAGGAUAAUAGCCGGAAAUACGAGUGUCAGUUUUGUUGCCGUGAAUUCGCGAACUCUCAGGCGUUAGGAGGACACCAAAACGCUCACAAAAAGGAGAGGCAGCAACAAAAGAAGGCUCAGCUACGGCAGCGGGCCCCACUUUUCUCAUCCAACGGCCAGAUUUUCUCGGGAACCGCGAUGUACGGCCUACAGAGGUUUCCAGGCUCGCAGUUGUUGAGCCCCCAUGCCGGUCGAACCGCUUUUUCUGGACCGGUUCACGCGGGUGCGCCGCCCGUUCUUAUGCCGAGGCCACCGUUGUGGGGGUUUUAUGGGGAAGGCAUGGGGUUCUCCGGAACCGGUUCAGAUGCUUUUCUGGCCGGUUCGGGGGUUUCAGGGGGUGUAGGACCGGGUUUUACUGCCCAGAUGUCUGAUUCGGAUUCGGGGGUCGAUUUGCAUUUGAGUCUGGCACCGGCCGGUCCGUGAGGGUUUUGUAUAGAGGAAAAAAUGCCUAUGAAUUUGAGAUUUAUGGGUUUAAUUUUCGGUUUGGUGUUGUGAUUAUAUCUGGGAUUUUUUAUUUAUUUUAUUUUUGUUAUUCCAUGUAAGGGUAGACAUUUACGCCAUCUGCUAAAACCUGGUGUUUUAAAUUUUGGAUCGAAAUCCGGAUGAGAGUACCGAGCCGGAUCUAAAAUAACCUUUUUUU